GUGGCUUACUAGGUUAGAUAUGCAGUCAAGAUAUAAGGCUCAAAAUGCUAUUUACAAAGGCAAUUGCCAACCAUCUAAGCUCGAGUGAAGUGGUUCAACACACUCAAAUUUUAUGUAAUGGAGCGUUACAUGGUCAUAGUAACCAUUUUCUGCAUGGUAAUUACGAGAAUAUCCUGCUGUGAUAUCGUGAAGCUCACUUUUCCCAGUGGAUUCAAGAUAGGAACUGCCAGCGCCGCGUAUCAAGUCGAAGGAGCCUGGAAUGUCAGCGACAAAGGAGAGAACAUUUGGGACCAUUGGACGCACAAUUAUCCCGAGUACAUAAGAGAUGGACGUAACGGAGACGUUGCCUGCAAUUCGUACUACAAAUACAAGGAAGAUGUGGCGCUGAUCAAAUCUAUCGGAUUUGACUUCUACCGAUUCUCUGUCAGCUGGUCACGUGUCCUUCCAACCGGCUUCACAAACGUAAUCAGCGAAGAUGGCUUGCAGUACUAUAAAAACUUGACCGCAGAGUUGGUGGCAAAUGGCAUUGAGCCCAUUGUAACAAUAUAUCACUGGGAUCAUCCACAAGUUAUAGAGGAGAUGGGUGGAUGGACGAACGAAUUGAUAGUAGACUGGUUCGUGGCUUACGCCAGGGUUCUUUUCGAGGCACUUGGAGGCAGCGUGAAAAGGUGGAUAACCAUGAAUGAGCCCAACUCCUUUUGCACGGAUGGUUAUGAAGACACUGUAAACGCUCCAGGCAAAGUAAUAACCGGUAUUGGCAAAUAUCUCUGUGCACACAACGUCUUGAAAGCACAUGCUAAGACUUAUCGUAUGUACGACGAAGAGUUCCGUGAUACUCAAGAGGGGAAACUCGGAAUAGUACUUCCUAUCAUAACGUACUUGCCGUAUAACUCUAGUUAUACUGAGGCUGCCGAGGUCGCGUUCCAAUUUGUCACUGGAUGGUUCGCUCACCCACUGUACUUUGGGGAUUAUCCUGAAGUUAUGAAAACGAGAGUGGCGUUGGUGAGCGAGUCUCAGGGUUACCCAAGGUCACGUCUCCCAGAAUUUUCCGACGAAUGGAUAGCAAUCAUCAAUGGUACCAAUGAUUACUUCGGUUUUAAUCACUAUACAUCAAGGUUGGUUUACGAUGAUCCUGACGAAGAGCUUGGAAUUUACAACUCCGACAACGGUUUGAUAGUAACUGUUGAUCCAAGCUGGCCUCUCGGAGGUUCUACUUGGUUUUACGUAUACGCUGCAGGAUUUGGCGAGCUGUUCCGCCAGAUUAGAGAUGAAUACAGCAAUCCACCAGUGUGGGUUAUGGAGAACGGUAUCUCCGAUGCCGAUGGAGUGGACGAUUAUGAUCGGAUUAAUUAUUUUUAUGAUUACGUCAGAGAGAUGCUGAUAGCCAUAAAACGAGAUGGAUGCAACGUCGAAGGUUACGCUGUUUGGAGCAUAAUGGAUAACUUCGAAUGGAGCGCUGGUUAUACGGAACGAUUCGGAAUUACGUAUGUGGAGUUUGACGAAGCCGAUACCAACAGAACCGCGAAAUUAUCGCAAACCUGGUGGACGAAGGUUCUCUCCAAGCGUAAGCUUCAAUCUGUCCCCACAAGCACCAACACUCGUACCAGACUUCCCUGGCAAAAGUAAUCUAUAAAUGCCUAUCAAUCCUGGACUUGUGCAUAUCCAUAAUGCUAGUAUGUCAUGUAAGAAACAUAGGCAUAUUCUAAAACGACAUUGCCUAUUUUCCCGAGUGCACUUGUCGUCAACUUGAAUUAAAGUUGCAUUUUGAGUAUACUACACUCCCAUUGAAUACUAGAUUG